CUUUGCAAGAUGGCGGCAGGCGGUGGAGGCCGUGUGUCUAGCGGUAGAGAUCUAGGAUGCGUGACAGAGGUUGCGGACACACUGGGGGCGGUGGCCAAGCAAGGGUUUGACUUUCUGUGUAUGCCGAUCUUUCAUCCACGCUUCAAAAGGGAAUUUUAUAAGGAACCAGCAAAAUCGCGCCCUGGACCACAGACCCGCUCAGACUUGCUGCUUUCUGGCCGAGACUGGAAUACGUUGAUUGUUGGGAAGCUGUCAGACUGGAUACAGACAGAUUCUGAAGUGCCCCAAACCCGCAAAACCUCAGAGGCGGCCUUGCAGCAGGAGUUACAUUUCUCUGCAUAUCUGGGGCUUCCAGCAUUCUUGAUCCCUCUUAAACAAGAAGACAACAGCAACUUAUCCCGUCUCCUUAUUAACCACAUUCUCUCGGGACACCAUUCCACAAUGUUCUGGAUGAGGGUACCUUUAUUGGCCCAUAAUGACCUACGUGAUGACCUCAUUGAAAAUGAGCCUUUCAGUCCCAGUGAGGAGGAUAACAGCGGAGAGGAAAGGACUUGGAUAUGGUGGCACAAUUUCCGAAGCCUUUGUGAUUACAACAAGAGAGUUGCAUUGGCAAUUGAGGUUGGGGCUGAUCUACCGAGUGGGCAUGUUAUUGACCGGUGGUUGGGAGAACCUAUCAAGGCAGCUUUUCUGCCAACCAGUCUCUUCCUCACCAACAAAAAAGGGUUUCCGGUACUGUCCAAAGUGCACCAACGUCUUAUCUUUAGGCUAUUUAAGCUGGAGGUGCAGUUUGUGAUUUCUGGUGCUCACCAUCAUUCUGAGAAGGAUUUCUGCUCUUACCUCCAGUACCUAGAGUACUUAAGUCAAAAUCGUCCUCCUCCAAAUGCAUAUGAGAUGUUUGCCAAGGGUUAUGAGGAUUACCUGCAGUCACCCCUCCAGCCUCUAAUGGACAAUUUGGAAUCUCAGACUUAUGAAGUAUUUGAAAAAGAUCCAGUGAAAUAUUCUCAAUAUCAACAGGCAGUGUAUAAAUGUUUGCUGGAUAGAGUGCCAGAGGAAGAGAAGGAGACAAACAUUCAGGUCCUUAUGGUGCUUGGAGCAGGCCGUGGACCCCUUGUGAAUGCCUCCCUCAGAGCUGCAAAGCAAGCUGAACGCAAGAUUAAGGUGUAUGCGGUAGAAAAGAAUCCCAAUGCUGUGAUAACGUUAGAAGGCUGGCGUUAUGAGGAAUGGGGCAGUCAGGUGACUGUGGUGUCUGGUGACAUGAGAGAGUGGAAGGCACCUGAGAAGGCUGAUAUUAUAGUUAGCGAGCUUCUGGGAUCAUUUGGGGAUAAUGAGCUGUCUCCUGAAUGUCUGGAUGGAGCCCAGCACUUCCUGAAAGAGGAUGGAGUUAGUAUUCCCGGUGAAUACACUUCUUUCUUGGCGCCAAUAUCGUCAUCCAAACUGUAUAAUGAGGUACGGGCUUGCAGGGAAAAAGACAAAGACCCCGAGGCUCAGUUUGAGAUGCCAUAUGUAGUGAGGCUACACAACUUCCAUCAGUUAUCAGAUCCCUUGCCAUGCUUCACAUUCCACCAUCCCAACAAAGAUGCUGUCAUUGAUAAUAACCGCUACUGUUGCCUGCAGUACAGAGUGGACUUAAACACAGUGCUACAUGGGUUUGCUGGAUAUUUCAGCACUGUGUUGUACAAAGAUGUGACACUGAGUAUUUGCCCUGAAAGUCACUCCCCGGGCAUGUUUUCUUGGUUUCCCAUCCUCUUUCCUAUCAAGCAACCCAUUUCUUUGCGGGAGGGUGAUACUGUUUGUGUCCGAUUUUGGCGUUGUAACAAUGGCAAGAAGGUUUGGUACGAAUGGGCUGUAACAUCCCCUGUGUGCUCCGCAAUUCAUAAUCCUACAGGACGUUCUUACACAAUUGGCCUGUGAUAGACAAGCUUGAAAACCAUCACAUUCAAACUUGGGGCAUACACUGAAUGGAGAAAUACCUUAUGUGCUGCAGAAGGGCAGCACGCAUUAGGUUACUAUAAGCACUUAUGACUUCUGCCUCUAUUGGAGGAUUUCUGCAGUUGAACUGUAUGUUUGUUCACUAAUAGUUCUUUUUUUAUUAUGUGUUAAUAGAAACGGUUAGUAUUAAAAGGUCCCUGAGUUCUAGCUGGCACAUUCCUUUAUUUAAAAGGAGAUAACAUCCAAGAGAAUAUCGAAGCUCUAACACUACCUUUGAAUACUGGUGGAAGUACAUUUAAUAUUAAAUAUGACCAUGUUUAUUUGAUUGUGCCUGAUGAAUGUGUUAAAGCAUUUUUUGAGGCUAGGGGAGAUACAAACUUUCAAACUGUCUGUUUCGCUAGAACCACAAACCAUUAAAAGGUAUCAUCAGACAUGGAUUCUGCCUGGUGUGUAAAACUAUUAAUAAAUCUAGUUCCUCAUGAGAAAUA